ACAACCAUCUCCGUCUGGCUCUGGUCUUUGAAUAGACCCACAGGCACACACGUGUGUCCGCAUCCUCAACACACUUUUCCCUGGGGUCUGUCGGAUACUGUCGUGGGAGCUGCAGUUGAGCGUUUGGGUGCUCUCCUCGUUGCUUGAGAGAGCAAUAGAAAUCAAGGUAUCAUGUACGGUUUUCAAAUGGGCUCCGCCACCGCCGUCCUCGCGCUGACGGUAGGCUCUGUUGCCGGCUUCGUCCCUCCGCCACCGGCCGCCGCUGGGUGCCACCGCUCCGCCUUCCUUUGCCGCGGUGCCAGCAACUCGCGAGCACUAACCCCUCGCUCACCGACAACAGGAGCAGCGUUGAUGUCUCUCGAACCGUUUCGAAGACAGCAGCGAAUUCUUCCUCGGUGGGUCCGACCGGGUGCGGCGGCCCGGGGAGGCUUGUUCGGGCGAGUGCCUUCGCGCCUGCGCGGCGUGGCGGCGGAAGAGGACGAGGGUGAGGAAAUGUACGAGUAUGACGAUGUGGAUGGGGAGGAGUACAACGAUGGCGAGGAGAUCUUGGACAGGUCUGUCAUCAAGCAGCUGAAGCGCAGCACGACGGUCUUCCGACAGGUGAGCUGGCUUUCGUGGUGGGCGCAAACGAUCCUGUCGACGGUGGCUUUUAUCAUCCUCCUCUUCUCCAACGCCGUCACCAACCGCUCCGCCCGAGGCAACAUCCUCGGCAACGGGGUCGCGCUGGCCGUGGCUAGCCUUGCUUGCUCGGCAGCGAGCAUCUGCUGGACGUGGGGGUACAACCUGAAGGCGAAGGGGUGGAGGAAUUUGGGAACGCUGGCCGAGGUGGACGACGCGCAAGUGCGCAUGCGUGGCUCGCUUAGGAUGGGGCUGUACAUCAACGUGGCGGGCAUGCUCCUGGCUCUGGUCGGAGCGGAGCAGAUCGUCGGGACGCUGGUCGCUAAAGUGCUGUACGCCCAAGGUUUCCAGCCCUCCGUGAUGGUGGGCAGCGCCGGUGCCGCGGAGGUGGCGCAGGCGCAGUUCCGCGCCCUGGACGUUUUCAUCGUCCAGGCCAACACCAACACAUUGCUCAGCCACUUCUGCUCGCUGGCGGCGUCCCUGUGGCUGCUUGCGAGGACGCCGAAGCUGGCCAAGCUGGCCAAGAGCGGCUGAAGUUUUGUUUGGCUGCGGCGCAAGUUUGUUGAUGUCGUCGUUAAAUAGUGGUCGUAGCGAGCAAGCGUCCGCUCGUGACACACCCGCUGCUGUCUCCCUUCGCCAUAUUGGUAGGAUUUCCUCACGGCAGUAUCAAGAGCACACCUUUAAGUGGCGUGGUGGGGGCGGUGGUGAAAUGAAUCGAUUUUGGAUGUCGGCUGUGAAAAGUUGAUUGGUUUAAUCGCUUUAGUCACGUUUUCGUGUUCCAGCCUGUUUGGCCAGCCGUCGGUGUUCGGUGGAGUGUAGCAGAGGUUGGGAAAUGUUUCGGGGCGUGAUUAAAUCUCCUGUUUUUGGUCUGUAUGAUAUCGUAUACUGCAGUUCAUUUAUGUCUUUUACCGACGAAGAAUGAAGACGUGUUGUGAGAUUCUGAACGAGCGUCUACCCCGCCUGCAACGCCAAAUGGAUAUGUAGUUUGUACAAUAAUAAUUGUCAUCCUUUUCGUGGGGUUCGCGGAAUGUUUGGUUUUGUUCCGGUUUGGGACUGGGAAAUACUCCCAUAUCUGCCGGGAUCCUACCUGUAUUUAUAGGAGGGGGCUCGUAGUGUUGUUGAUGACCGCUACAAAACCCCUCCAUCGCUUCAGGUCCGUCUGCAGUCCUUUCGUGUUUCCAUUUUCUUUUUUGGCGUUAAACGCGGCAAGGUUUUCUUCCUCCAGCUUGUGUGUUUCGUGCAUGCACGCCCCCCGCCCUUUUCCUAUCGCUUGGGCUUUGUUACCUCUUCUUGCACGAGGCUUGCUCCUAUCGGUUUGGAAGUAGGGGAGUCAACGUAUGGUUUGGAAUGUGUGCCACAGUAUAUGCAAAAGCCAAAUCAUGUUUUUUGUUUGCAUCCUCGUUCGUGCGAUUUUUGUGGCUGUGACAGCUGGUACAGUAUGCGCUGGAGUUAUAUCUAUUUUCCAGUAUAAUACUACAUCUCGCCCGUGAGGCUUUCUCUGUGUACAAUUGGAGUCUACAUCACGGGGCCACUGGGUGCCCGUGCAGUGCGAAACAAGGGCGAGACACUUUGUUUAGACUUCUCGGUAGAAAAAAAAUCGGGUUCGUGGCCACUGCUGUGCUUCUUCUGUAUGCGCGCAGCAUAGAGGGUAGUUUGCGGGCAAACGCACACGGAGGGGCGGUCGCAGCCAAGGAUAUUACGACCGGCGAGCCCAACAUUAUAUAGUCUACAUGCAGUAGCCGCCGUGAGAGAGCAACAUCUAGGUAACUAACUCCCCUUGGGUUCUUUCCGAUGUACCCAAAAUAUAAGCAAGAGAACGAAGUACACUAAUGACUG